GAUGGAGAACCUAAUUCGGGGACGGAAUCCCCCACAAUACCAGCGAAGCCCUUGUAAAGAGGUUCGUGCAGCACUUCGGAAGAGGUCUGAGGAGGAGCGAGCCCGCUACAUGAAAAGAAUGCAAGUCAAAGUGCUCACAACCUAGAAGUCUUCAGAGACAGGAGUGACUAGCAAUGCAGUGCCUGGAGAUGACCACCAAACGGAAGCUCAUCGGCCGCCUGGUGCCCUGCCGGUGCUUCCGAGGGGAGGAAGAAAUCAUCUCGGUGCUGGACUACUCCCACUGCAGCCUUCAGCAGGUGCCGAAGGAGGUCUUCAACUUUGAGCGCACGUUAGAGGAGCUCUAUCUUGAUGCCAAUCAGAUUGAGGAGCUGCCCAAGCAAUUGUUCAACUGUCAAGCUCUGCGGAAACUAAGCAUCCCUGACAAUGACCUCUCCAGCCUGCCGAGCUCCAUUGCUAGCCUAGUUAAUCUUAAAGAACUCGACAUCAGUAAAAAUGGUGUACAAGAAUUUCCAGAAAACAUAAAGUGCUGUAAGUGUUUAACAAUUAUUGAAGCCAGUGUCAAUCCCAUUUCUAAACUCCCAGAUGGCUUCACGCAGCUUCUAAACCUGACCCAGCUCUACCUGAAUGAUGCCUUCCUUGAAUUUCUUCCAGCCAAUUUUGGAAGACUUGUCAAAUUGCGAAUUUUGGAGUUAAGAGAAAACCACUUGAAAACUCUACCAAAGUCAAUGCACAAACUGGCCCAGUUGGAGAGACUUGACCUAGGCAAUAAUGAAUUCAGCGAGCUGCCUGAAGUUCUGGAUCAAAUACAGAAUCUAAGGGAGCUGUGGAUGGAUAACAACGCUCUGCAAGUCCUUCCUGGGUCUAUAGGAAAGUUAAAGAUGUUGGUAUACCUGGAUAUGUCAAAAAACAGGAUAGAGACUGUUGACCCGGAUGUUUCUGGAUGUGAAGCCCUGGAGGACCUUUUGCUGUCCUCCAAUAUGUUGCAGCAGCUGCCCGACUCCAUAGGACUGUUGAAAAAGCUAACUACUCUGAAAGUAGAUGACAACCAACUCACAGUGCUGCCCAACACAAUCGGAAACCUCUCUUUGUUGGAAGAGUUUGACUGCAGCUGCAACGAGCUGGAAUCGCUCCCCUCUACCGUCGGCUUCCUCCACAGUCUCCGAACCUUAGCUGUGGAUGAGAACUUCCUCCCAGAGCUACCCAGAGAAAUUGGAAGCUGUAAGAAUGUGACCGUUAUGUCUCUUCGCUCCAAUAAGCUGGAGUUUCUUCCUGAAGAAAUUGGACAGAUGCAGAAACUAAGAGUUUUAAAUUUGAGUGAUAACAGGUUGAAGAAUUUGCCAUUCUCCUUCACCAAACUUAAAGAGCUCGCCGCAUUGUGGCUUUCUGACAAUCAGUCCAAGGCCCUUAUCCCUCUACAAACGGAAGCCCACCCAGAAACCAAGCAGAGGGUCCUGACCAACUACAUGUUUCCCCAGCAGCCCCGUGGUGAUGAAGAUUUCCAGUCCGACAGCGACAGCUUCAACCCCACCCUGUGGGAAGAACAGAGACAACAGCGGAUGACUGUUGCUUUUGAAUUUGAGGAAAAAAAAGAGGAUGACGAAAGUGCUGGGAAAGUUAAGGCUCUCUCCUGCCAAGCCCCCUGGGACAGGGGCCAGCGUGGGAUCACUCUCCAACCUGCCAGGCUGUCUGGCGAUUGCUGCACACCAUGGGCCAGGUGUGAUCAGCAGAUCCAAGAUAUGCCCGUCCCCCAGAGUGACCCCCAGCUGGCAUGGGGUUGUAUAAGUGGCCUCCAGCAGGACAGGAGCAUGGGUGCUCCCUUGCCCGCGGCAGCACAGUCCACCACUCUCCCCUCUCUAAGUGGCAGACAGGUUGAAAUAAACCUAAAACGAUAUCCAACUCCUUACCCAGAGGAUUUAAAGAAUAUGGUAAAAUCUGUUCAAAAUCUGGUGGGUAAGCCAAGCCACGGAGUGCGUGUUGAGAACUCAAAUGCAACAGCUAACACGGAGCAAACUGUGAAAGAAAAAUUUGAACACAAGUGGCCGGUGGCCCCAAAGGAGAUUGCAGUGGAGGAUUCUUUUGUUCAUCCAGCUAAUGAAAUGAGGAUUGGGGAACUUCACCCUUCAUUAGCUGAGACCCCUCUGUACCCACCCAAACUUGUUCUGCUAGGGAAGGACAAAAAAGAAUCAACUGAUGAGUCUGAAGUUGACAAAACUCACUGUCUGAAUAACAGUGUUUCCUCAGGCACUUACUCAGACUACUCGCCCUCCCAGGCUUCCUCAGCAUCCUCUAACACCCGGGUCAAAGUGGGGUCCCUGCAGACAACAGCUAAAGAUGCCGUUCAUAACUCUUUGUGGGGUAACAGGAUGGCUCCAUCUUUCCCACAGCCUCUUGAUGCGAAGCCAUUACUCAGCCAGAGGGAAGCUGUCCCUCCAGGGAACCUCCCCCAGCGUCCGGAGAGGCUGCCUGUGAGCGAUGCUUUCCCUGACAACUGGACAGAUGGCUCCCAUUACGAUAACACAGGCUUCGUCUCAGAGGAGACCGCCGCGGAGAACGCCGGCAACAAUCCUCUCCUAAGCGCCAAGGCCAGAAGCGUCCCGGCUCACGGGCGCAGGCCUCUGAUCAGGCAGGACAGGAUUGUUGGUGUUCCCCUGGAGCUGGAGCAGUCCACGCACAGACACACACCGGAAACAGAAGUGCCUCCUUCCAACCCCUGGCAGAACUGGACCAGGACCCCCAGCCCAUUUGAAGACAGGACGGCUUUUCCUUCCAAACUAGAGACAACCCCGACCAGCAGCCCCUUGCCUGAGAGGAAGGACCACAUGAAGGAGCCUGCGGACACACCGGGUCCCUUCUCUCCAGGGGUGCCGUGGGAGUACCACGACCCCACGCCCAGCAGGAGUCUCAGUAACGUCUUUUCCCAAAUCCACUGCCGCCCGGACUCGUCUAAAGGGGUCAUUGCGAUGAGCAAAAGCACGGAGAGGCUCUCCCCACUCAUGAAAGACAUAAAGUCCAACAAGUUCAAAAAGUCUCAGAGCAUCGACGAGAUCGACAUCGGUACCUACAAGGUCUAUAACAUUCCCCUGGAGAACUACGCGUCGGGGAGCGACCACCUGGGGAGCCACGAGCGGCCGGACAGGCUGUCGGGGCCGGAGCACGGCGUGUCUAGCAUGUCUCGGAGCCAGUCGGUGCCCAUGCUGGACGACGAGAUGCUCGUGUACGGCAGCAGCAAAGGGCCCCCUCAGCCCAGGGCGUCCGUGACGAAGAAGGUCUAUCAGUUCGACCAGAGCUUCAACCCCCAGGGCGCGGUGGAGCUCAAAGCCGAGAAGAUGAUGGCGCCGCCCUUCGCGCUCGGCUCUGAGUACGUGCAGCCGGCCGGCAAGGGCGGCGCCAAGGACCUGGUCAGCCCCAGGGCCUACCGCGGGUUCCCGCUGGAGCAGGUGUUCUCCUUCUCGUCCGCGGCCGAGGACGCCUUGCCGAGCGCGCCGUUCGCCGGCCAGGGGCCCCGGGCGGGCUUCCUGCGGAGGGCCGACUCCCUGGCCGGCUCCGCCGAGAUGGCCGCCUUCCGCAGGGCCGCCGAGCCCCACGAGCCGGCCCCCGGGGACAGGUACGGCCGCGCGGCCUACCGGGGGGCGCUGGACGGCCAGGGCGGCCUUCCGGGCGCCGACGCCCAGUUCCUGCGGAGGAACGGCCGCUACGACGACGAGCCUCCGUCCUACCAAGACGUGAAAGCGCAGGCGGGAGCUUUUCCCGCCAAGAGCCUCACGCAGCGGCGGCCGCUGUCCGCGCGGAGCUACAGCACGGAGAGCUACGGCGCCUCCCAAACCAGGCCGGUUUCAGCCAGGCCGACCAUGGCGGCCCUCCUGGAAAAAAUCCCGUCUGACUAUACCUUGGGUAACUAUGGCGACAAGCCGUCCGAUAACGGUGAUGUAAAGACGAGGCCCACCCCUGUGAAGGGAGAGGAGAGCUGUGGUAAAAUGCCGGCAGACUGGAGACAGCAGCUGCUUAGACACAUAGAAGCUAGAAGGUUAGACAGGACCCCGUCCCAGCAAAGCAACAUUGUAGACAAUGGACAAGAAGAUGUCUCUCCUAGUGGCCAGUGGAACCCUUACCCACUUGGGAGGCGGGAUGUACCUCCGGACACCAUUACUAAAAAGGCAGGCAGCCACAUUCAGACCCUGAUGGGGUCGCAGAGCCUUCAGCACCGUAGCAGGGAGCAGCAGCCAUACGAGGGGAACAUCAACAAAGUGACUAUCCAGCAAUUUCAGUCGCCGUUACCCAUUCAGAUCCCCUCGUCACAGGCCACCCGGGGGCCUCAGCCUGGACGGUGCUUAAUUCAAACGAAAGGGCAGAGAAGUAUGGACGGAUAUCCCGAGCAGUUUUGCGUGAGAAUAGAAAAGAACCCGGGGCUUGGAUUUAGCAUCAGUGGCGGAAUUAGCGGACAAGGAAAUCCAUUCAAACCUUCUGACAAGGGUAUCUUUGUUACUAGGGUUCAGCCUGAUGGGCCAGCAUCCAACCUACUACAGCCCGGGGAUAAGAUCCUUCAGGCAAAUGGACACAGUUUUGUACAUAUGGAACACGAAAAGGCUGUUUUACUACUGAAGAGUUUCCAGAACACAGUAGAUCUAGUUAUUCAACGUGAGCUUACUGUCUAAAUAUUUUUUAUAAAUAGUGAAGAUACGUCUAGCCAGAGCUAAUGUUCAAAAAUAAAUUUAUACAUAGAAACAAAUUUUGCCAAUUGCUGGACCAAUGGCAAACAUUAGUGCCAAAUGUAUAAUACUGUAUGUUAGCCUUGACCACCCUUAAACAUGUUAACUAUCAACAUGGCGUUCGUGUGGUUCUGCAUCAGUUCCCGCGUCAGCCUCCGGCUGUGCAUUGAUUGGUGCGGUUUUGGUUUUGGUUUUGGUUUUGGUUUUUAAUCAGAUAAGUUUUCUUCUCAAAGUGGAUUUCCUAUGAUUUCGGAGCACGGAAGCACACACAGCUCUUUAUGAAUUCUGCUAUCCAUCAGAAACACUGCCUCAAAAGUUGUACAUAAAGAACUGGGAUUCCCAUAAAGUAUUUCUAGAACAAGGUAUAUGUUGGCAUAUAUACAAAAAGAAUAUAGAAAAAUGAUAUUUUCAUAAACAUCUUGGAUUGAGAAAGAAAAUAUAUCUUAAAAUAAGACUUUACUAUAUUGAAUCUUUUUCAAUAAAAUUACAUGAUAACGCCUUAUGGAAGUAACUGUACAUAUAGUAUAAAGUCUUUAUAUUCGGUUCUGCAGCCAUUUGCUAAAUUCUCAUAACAGAGUGAAAUAUUUCAUAAUUACCCAUUUAUCUCUGGGACCUGAAUAAAAGUAGGACAAAUCAGAUCUGCUCGAUGCCUUCAGAAAAUUAUGACAACACAUGCAGAUAAACAGACCAAGGUGUCUGCAGUUAAGUCUCUUCCACCGCAGAUUUGCGCAGUGAGUGAUGGGCUGCAGCAGGCACUACUGCUUUGCUUCCUUCCGGGUUCUGUGAUCACCAGCUGUGGUCUGUUGCUUCUUCACUUGUAACUGUGGAACUUACGUGUGUGAUGCUUUAUUUCAUUUGCCACUUUUAAAUCAUUUUAAAUGAACUUGGGGAACUGGUAUUUACUUACUGAGAAAGACUUGUUAGAGAGUUAUGGUGGGCAAUUUCAAAAUUUUGGCAUUGAAAUAUGAAACUUCAGAUAUAAUUUCUCAGAGCUGCGGUCUUCCAGUGCCAUUAAUCUCCAUGCCUAUCUUGUGGACAGAAAUGCACAUUUUUUUUUCUCCAAAAGCGUUUCAAAGUAUAAAAACUUCUGAAUGUAAUCUUACAUACUUAAUGUGGAAUUAUUCACUUUUACAUUAGAACAGUUUCCCUCUUUGAAAGUUCAAAAUUCAUUUAAAAAUCUUUUAAAAUAUUUCUUCUCAUAUCAGUCAUUAAUUUGAUUAAAAUAUUAAUUUGAAAUUUCAGAUUAACUUUCUAGAAUUGGUUGUUUGCAUUCCCUCCUAUUUCUGCAUAGCUUUUUUAUAUAAUAACUUUAUCUCACACGCUAGUGCUUGACAUAGUCUAUCGAAAAAUAUAAUCACAUGUGGCUUUCACCAGAGCUCUGAGAAUGGUAUUUGUAAGUUAAUGUUUUAUGGGAACAAUGAAAAUACUGUAUUUUUGUAGGAUCUAUUAAAACGAGUGUCACUUAUUAGAAGUACAGUGGUAUUUUUUGGCUUAGAAUUUGUCACUUGAAGGUACAUGAUGCUUCAUUUUAUAGAUGAUGCACUAAAUUUGAUGUCGCUUUGUGUCAGGGUGACAUGAUACCGUAUACCCAGUUUUACAGGCUUUGAAAAUUAGCUAAUGAUUCAUAGAUUGGCUUGUUCAGUAUAUUACCCAGAAGUAGCUUGUACAUGCAUUUUAAUAUACUGAGAGCAGCUACUGUGAGGAGUCUUUCAAAGCC